GCUCGCUGAUAGAUGGCCGCUUGGUAUACGGCGGGAGCGAGGAGUCUCUUGGGAGCGAAAGAAACAUUGGAUUUUCCAUCCCCGGCCUGUCGAAAUUGACUCCGAUAACUUUCCAUCCCCUCCUCCCCCGCCGUGGAACGAACGUGGCUGUGUUCCGGUUCUGCCGCUCAGAUUAUGUUUAUUUUGAAAAUUCCUCCAGCAAUCCGUAUCUCAUUAGGCGAAUUGAAGAGCUUAACAAGACUGCUAAUGGAAAUGUGGAAGCAAAAGUGGUGUGCUUCUACAGGAGAAGAGAUAUUUCCAACAGCCUCAUAAUGCUUGCAGAUAAGCAUGCUAAAGAAGUUGAAGAAGAGUCUGAAACUACAAUUGAGGUUGACUUGACUGAUAAACAGAAACAUCAGCUGAAACACAGAGAGCUCUUCCUUUCUCGCCAGUAUGAAUCUCUUCCGGCAACUCACAUCAGGGGAAAAUGCAGCGUUGCACUUCUGAAUGAGACAGAAUCUGUGUUGUCGUAUCUGGAGAAAGAGGAUACUUUUUUUUAUUCAUUGGUGUAUGAUCCAUCACUGAAAACGCUUUUGGCAGACAAAGGAGAAAUCAGAGUGGGGCCCAGAUAUCAAGCAGAUGUGCCUGACAUGCUUGCAGAAGGAGAAUUAGAUGACAGAGAACAGGCAAAGCUGGAAGUAAAAAUAUGGGAUCCAGAUAGCCCCCUUACAGACCGUCAGAUUGACCAGUUUUUAGUUGUAGCACGUGCGGUCGGCACGUUUGCUCGGGCAUUGGACUGCAGUAGUUCUGUCAGGCAACCUAGUCUACACAUGAGCGCGGCUGCUGCUUCCCGAGACAUCACAUUGUUUCAUGCAAUGGAUACAUUGCAUAAACAUAACUAUGAUUUGAGCAGUGCCAUCAGUGUUCUGGUGCCACUUGGAGGACCUGUCUUGUGUAGAGAUGAAAUGGAAGAAUGGUCAGCAUCAGAAGCCAGUUUGUUUGAAGAGGCAUUGGAAAAAUAUGGAAAGGACUUCAACGAUAUUCGACAAGACUUUCUCCCUUGGAAGUCGCUGACUAGUAUCAUCGAAUAUUACUACAUGUGGAAAACUACUGACAGAUAUGUGCAGCAGAAACGUCUGAAAGCGGCUGAAGCAGAAAGUAAAUUGAAACAAGUAUACAUCCCCACCUACAAUAAACCAAAUCCCAAUCAAAUAUCCAGCAACAAUGGGAAACCUGCUACGGUCAAUGGAGCAAUGGGAGCCUCUUACCAGGCACAGGCCUCACUAAUAGGGAGGGCUUGUGAAAGCUGCUAUACUUCACAAUCUCACCAGUGGUACUCUUGGGGUCCUCCUAAUAUGCAGUGUAGAUUGUGUGCUUCUUGUUGGAUUUAUUGGAAGAAAUACGGUGGCCUGAAAAUGCCCACACAGACAGAUGAAGAUAAACUCUCUUCCAGCCAACCUGCAGAGGAAUCCCAUGUUAGAACUCAUAUGUCCCGGCAGGCCACACAAGGAACUCCAGUUCGUAACACUGGAAGUCCAAAGUCAGCUGUGAAAACACGCCAAGCUUUCUUUCUUCACACAACGUGCUGGACAAAACUUGCCCGUCAGGUCUGCAAAAAUACCCUUCGGCUGCGGCAGGCAGCAAGACGUCCCUUUGUUCCUAUUAACUGUGCUGCCAUUAAGGCAGAAUAUGCAGAUCGGCAUUAUGAAAUUGCUGGAAAUCCUCUGAAGAUCAAAAGCACCAGAAAACCGCUGUCAUGUAUCAUUGGGUAUUUAGAGAUUCACCCUGCAGCGAAAUCCAAUGUAAUCAGAUCAACACCAAGCCUUCAAAGUCCAAGUACAAAACGACUGCUUGCACCCUCCAAUCACUCUUCACUAAGUAUUUUAGGAAAAAGGAACUACAGCCAUCAUAAUGGCCUUGAUGAAUCAUCCAGCCACUCUACAAGAACGAUAAUGCAUGCUGCUCCCCGUGUUCAUAUAACUAAUGGUAAGGCCUUGCAAGCCAGUGCAAGUACCAUUAAGACAAGCGCCAUUCCAGUGAUAAAGAGACAGCGGCAAAAUUGGCUUGAUGCUUCAGAUGAUGGUUUCUUUAUAGCCACGGAAGAGACCAGCACUGAAGCAGUUAGAAACCUUCUCACGCUGAGGUGCUGUGAUGCGGAAUCCCUAUCAGGAAUACAGAAAAAAAAUCCGUAAGAAGUUUACCAAGUUGCAGCUGAAAAGAGCUUCCAGAACACCUUGUUCUCCAAUUCUUGUGAAGACAAAAUCUCUCAUGAACAAUAGGCAGGCACGAAUAGAGCCGAGAGCCAUCACGCACUGAAGACACAACAGCAUCAGCAACAUAAUUAUGUUAAAAUCUUGUUUAAUUGUGAACACAGAUACAGCGUGACCUUCCACAUCUUCAGGACCUAUAUGGACACUGUGGCUGGGUUCUGUGUUCUGGUCAGGAUCCAACAGUAGCCCUUGUUCUCCUUUGUCUCUGUAAGGGCUACUUAAGGUUUGCUGUGCAGGCCUAUUGAUGAUUGUCCUGCUAUCUCCCCCCCUUGCCCUCAUCACACUUGGAUGGUCAGAGAGGGACUAUUCAUACUGACCGCAAGGAAGAGAUAUGGAUGCAGUGUACCCCCACAAUUUUGUCUAUGCCUUCUAGUGGUGUGAUACAAAAAUAAGCACCUUUAAAAACAAUUGCAGUGUCUUUGUAACAGGAUUUAGCCUAUAGGAGUCAGCAUCUUCAAAAAGUGCUGCAGACUUCAAACGUUUGAAUUUUUUAAUAUUGGCUUGAAUCACUUUGGAUUUGAUUUUCUGAUCUGCUGAGCAACCAGAGGUAAAAUGAAGAGUUGUUCAGCACUUCUGAAACUUGGACCGAAUUAGGUAGUGCUCAGAAUUAGUGGCCCAUUUUAAAAUGCUGACCAUAUUAACUUUGGUUAAAAUCCUAGAAAGUAUCAUGUGUGGACAUGACCAUCUGACUGGUAUGGUUAUCUAUAUAUUUGCAAGCAUCCACCUAUUUGUUUGGGGAUUUUUAGCAUUUCUUGAAGUCUAUUUUGAACAGUCAAAGCCAGCAGAAUGCCAUUCCCGGGAAAACAUGAGGAAAUAAGGGUAUUUCCUAUUAGCAAUGACUCUCCGCUAAAUAAUUACUACAUUUUAAUACAUAUGGACAAGAAAGUUGUCUUGCUGCAGAAUGCUUUGAAAUUCAUACUUGUAAGGCUACAGGUGGAGACUUACCAUGGAGAGAUGAUGUGCCUUUUGUAACUACUUGUAGGAAGCUGUCAGUCCCCCUAAAAGUGGGAAUGGCAACAGAGACAGGUCUUUUUUCUACUCAGGUACUUACAGGUGAAUAAUCUCUGCCCUACUUUGAGAUCGAGAGGCAAGCAGUGUGUAGCACUGCUGUGUAAACCUAAGCUGAGAUAUACUGAUUAUCUUAAGCAAGUUAUGUCUUUCAAUAGAUUUUGUUUCCAUAUGGCUUUUAACAGAUAGUCAGACACUGAACGCAUCACCAUAAGCUGGAAUAAACUUCAAGAUGUUUUUUCUAGUUCUUUACUAGGUAACUCUAGCGGCACUGUAUUAUCUGGCUAUGGAUAUGCCCAGCUCUGUGGUUAGAAAGAUGAAGGUGUAAGUAGUAUCUCGUAACUCUUGGUGAUUCCCCCCCUUCCCCUUCCUGAAAUAUACACCCCACGCUACUUACAGUUUCAGUCUGAAAGAUCAUCUGUGAUACCAGCCUGUAACUAGCCAUGCUGACCAUGUCAGAUUUUGAACACUUGAGACAGUCACCCAGACGCUUCCUCGAGAAAGAAAGCACACUGACCUUCUGAAGGAAGUUGAUUUUACAGAGUGACGGAUCCAGGUCUUGUCCACUGUCCUUCACCAGCAAGCGGAGGGUGAGUAAGGAGAAGAGAUUUGGACCUGAAAUGUUUCUAGUACCCUGAGCACCCUACCGAAUGUCACUGAUUGGGAAUCAAUUGGAGAAGACCUGGGAUUCAUCCGCUUACAGAUUUUUUUCCAGGAGCCACUGAAGUGUGCAGCCCUGGGAUUCUCUUCUAUCCACACGAUCUGCUUUUUCCUCACAACAGGAGAGUAUUUCAUCAGAUACUGAACAGCCACAACCCAUUCUUAUUAGAAAGAAUUGCCUUUAUUAACUGCGACAUAUGGAAACACCUUCUGCAUAAUAGCUUUCUCACUCAUUAAAAUAAAGAAAGCAUGAUUAUUCAGCAAUCUAUUUGACUGAAAGUAUGAAAAACAUAAGCAGAAAGUGCUUUGCCUCCCUCAGGCACCCCUGAAACCACACACAACAGACUCAUUUUCAAAGUGUCUUUUGCUGUAAGGUGAUGGAUAUCUUUUUUUACCCUGCCUUAUUAAGCCUGUACUCGAAUUAUUUCAGUCAGUGUGCUACAGUGUCUAGCCAGUAUUUUGUAAAAUCCUCGUGUGCUUCUGCCUUUGACAAAAGUAUUAGUAUUUGUAACAGUCCCUUGUGACAUCUUUUUUUUUUCUUUCCCUCUGAGGAGUGAGAGAUUCAUAACGACUCCCUGUCAUGCAGCUUGAUGCAACUUAACAUAUUCUGCAUCAAGCAUCCAAGGUAAGGAAGAGUUCUCCCUUGCAGCUUCAAGCCAAGGGAAUUCAUCAGGAAGCAGUAGAAGUAAUGCUGUGACCCUGCCUGGCAGAGUUGUGCCACUGGUCACAAUAGCCAACAGCCAACACUUGCAGAGGUUUAACGCAGUGGAGACUGUUCACUGAUAUAACACUGAUAUAACCAUCCUCAAACUGCUUUGCAUGCAGCUGCAUGGAGACCUUCCUUCCUCUAAAAUGCACACAGUGCACAGAGAAACUGCACGCCGCGUAUCGCACCUUUGUCUUUACAUGCUCUCUCUCAAUCUUACCCUUCCUGUGAGAUGUUCUCCAGGGAUGGAUACAGAAUUUACCUGUGAAUUUCAACAGAAAGCAAUGAUGGAAGAUUAGGUGAAAAUAUGUUCCUGCUUCUUUUGACUUCUGUAGAAAUUGUGACAGUUCUUUCUGCAGCAUCUCGCAAUUCCAUGCUGUCUGUUGAGUUGAAUUUUGUUUUUUUUUUCCCGCUGACCUUGAGCGAAGAUGGCACAUUUCUGUGUAAGUUAUAACAGUACUGUUUUUAUCAAGCUUCUCAAACUAGUUAUUUUAAACCUAGCUAACAUAUCUCAGUCAUCAACAAUGACACUGAGUAUAAACAUAUGCCUCAGAAGCAAGGACAAGACAUUUGGUUCUUAACAUGGAUGUGAGCAAGGAAAUCUCGGCAGCUUCAGUACUGUGUUUGCAAUAUGAUUUAUUUUCUUGUUAGCUAAAUAAGAAAGCUAUCUGAAAAACCACGUCUCCCUUUACAACUACAGAGUUCAAAAACCAUGCAAAAUACAUGCUCAUUUUUUUGUCCAGAGGUCUCAUAUAAAGAGGAAGAAGAUUUUGUUAAAAUUCAAAUGUCCAUGUUACCAAUUUCAAGUAUGUAGCUAAUCUGCAGUCUUGAAAUAUUUAGUAUAUUUUUUCAGAUUAUUUUUCGAGGUUAUGACUUGGUCAAGGAAGCUUUGGUUAUGUAGGAUGGAAAAAUGAGAUCUGGGAAUACUUGAAAUACAUUGGCGACAUUCCGACUACAUUCUGAAUUGGUUUUUUAUUUUGAUCAAAAGCAAAUAUUUGUUUCUGUAGUUCAAAACUUACAGCAUGGUACAAGAAAAUGGGGAUUAAAAAUGAAAAGAGUGAAUGAGUAGAAAAAGAAUGAACCAGAGUCGGCACUUACAAGAUGCACACCCUUUAUUAAACUGAAGCAAGCCUUUUGUUUUUCAUAAAUAUCAUUUUAACCUAGGCACUUUCCUAAUUAUAAAGUUACAGAUAAAAUGGAAUGGCUGCGUAGUAGUUUCUGGUAUAGUCACAGCAUUAUAUCCUACAGCCUUGUGUAGAGAACAAUUAUACUCCUUCAGAAGUAUUAUAUUGCAAAAUACAAUAUAGUAGACACAGUGCAUUUGUAUAUGUGCAAUGCUGUGGUAAUGGAAGUCUGUUAGAAUCCUCUGGAAAUGUCAGCAAAAAUAUUUUUGUUUUACAUUUCUUCUUGAAGGUCUUUUAUGUAAACCCGUGUCUUCAUAAACCAGAGUGGGUGUCAAAAGUUUAUAUAACUGCAGAGUGGAAUUUUUUGGAGUAAGUCAGGACUUUUUUAUUCAAAUGUUGCAUGUAGAGGGAGGAAACCUAAUUUUGGAAUACAUGAGUUUUGGGUAAGAGUUUUCAGAUUGUACUAUGCAAUGAUCAACACAGAUUUGCAGAGUAUGCUCCUGUUGCUCAUAAAGGCUUAACAGUUGUUACUGAAAUACAGUAUUGAAAAUUAAAAAGAGAAGCAUAAAAAGCUGUCAUUUUUAGAAUUCUUUAAAUUCUUUAGAUUGCAAGUGAAUUUCUCAAAGGAAUGGUAAAACUGGGAGGAUCAAUGCUGAAUAUUUGAGGAUGUGGAGCACCUUAGAAUGAAAUAUAUUA